AAUUAUGAAUACUGGGAGGAAAUAUCACAAGUAUUAAGUCAUAUCUGAAGUUCAAGACAACAAAUUUCUCAAAUCAAACCAGGCCACAACUUUUCUGCUUCAUUAUUAUUUAAGCGUUAUUGUUGCAGUGCGUAUUUUAUCCUCUGAAUAUACCUAACCAUGCAGAUGGACUGCAUUUAUUUAGUGCUUUUCUAAUCAGUGACUACUCAAAGCGCUUUACAAUAUUGCCUAACAUUCAUUCCCACACCGACGGCGGAAUCAACCAUGCAAGACGACAGCCAGCAGCUCGUCUGGAGCAGUCGGGCUCGCAGUCAGGGUCAGGCUUCUGGGACACCUUGACUCUCAGCUAGGAGGAGACGGGCAUCUAACUAGAAACCUUCCCUUUAACAGCCAACCCAGUCUCCCUACUGAGCUAAAUGCCUGUUGCAUGCCUAAAACAUCAAUGUUGUUUUCGUGGCUUGGCUUCGAAAUCGAAAGUGAAAGAAUGGCUCAAGAAUAGUUCAACUCCAUUUUGUGUUGAGGAGCAGGCAACACAACACUGGACAGAGCCAAGCUUAAGGGACACGCCAUGAGUAAUUAUAAUCGUGGAUGGGAUCGAGCAGGUACAGUUGUAUUUUGUAUGACGGGACAUUACUCCAUAGUCCUAUAUCUUGUUGGAUGUUUUAAUUGGCAUGUAUAGGCCUGGUUAUGGUGGUAUAUCUGUUGUGUUUCUGUGUGUAUCCCUCUCUCACGAUGCAGAACCCAAGUACAAAGGCUUGAGAAACCAGGGCUCCACCUGCUACCUGAACAGCGUGCUUCAAGUGCUCUUCAUGACAAAAGAAUUCAGAGACGCUGUCCAAAGUUUUUGCCACAGUGAAAGCUCCUACAUCGAUGCUCAUCUCAAAGAUCUCUUCCGUCAGCUGAAGAAUGGUUCUCCCACUACGGAAUGCAUCAUCUUCAAACUUGGGAUAGAAAAUGUAGGGCAGCAGCAAGAUGCUGCCCAGUAUUUUGAGAAGAUUCUAAGUCUGGCGAGUCCUAAGGCCUCACAGGUUUUCCAUGGAAGGUUAAUUCACCGCACGACAUGUUCGUGUGGCGUAAGCACUGUUGAACACAAUUCAUUUUGGACUCUUAAUCUCCCGAUUAACAAUGCCCACAAUGGAGUUUAUAACGUGGAAGACGGGUUGAAACGAUUUUUCAGCCAAUCAAAGUUAACCGGAGACAACCAAGUGUACUGUGAUGAGUGUGCGGUCAAAGCAGACACCACGACUGAAUGUGCAGUAGAACUCUAUCCAAAGGUUCUUGUGCUGCUGCUUAAGAGAUUUGAGUUCAGCUACUACGAAAUGGACUACGUGAAAAACGAUUGCCCUGUGGAUGUUCCUUUGGACAUUGAAAUGGCAAAGGGUGCGAGCUAUGAGCUCUAUGCCACCGUGGACCAUGUGGGGGACCUGAGGGGGGGCCACUACACAGCCACCAUCCAGUCUCCAGACGACGGCUGGUACGACUUCAACGACUCAUGGGUUACACCGAAAAACAACUUUAAUCCAGAAUGGAGCCAGAACGGCUAUCUCCUUUUUUACAGAAAGAGAGAAAGACAAAUUAGUGAUUCACCUCAGGAGCACCCCCACGGGUCGUCUGUGGACCCGGUCGAGUCGGAGACCAAUCAGAACAACGCUGACGAUGGCAACGCUGAUCUUACUAAGCGUGGUGAUGUUGAGAGAGGUGAUGAUGUCAGGGCGGGGGUUGAUGAUCCUGAGAGUGUUGAUGUUGAGAGAGGUGAUGAUGUCAGGGCGGGGGUGGAUGAUCCUGAGAGUGUUGAUGUUGAGAGAGGUGAUGAUGUCAGGAAGGGGGUUGAUGAUCCUGAGGGUGGUGAGGUCACAGGAGGUGAUGAGGUCACAGAGGGGGUUGAUGUUCCUGAGGGUGGUGAGGUCACAGGAGGUGGUGAGGUCACAGAGGGGGUUGAUGUUCCUGAGGGUGGUGAGGUCACAGGAGGUGAUGAGGUCACAGAGGGGGUUGAUGAUCCUGAGGGUGGUGAGGUCACAGAGGGGGUUGAUGUUCCUGAGGGUGGUGAGGUCACAGGAGGUGGUGAGGUCACAGAGGGGGUUGAUGUUCCUGAGGGUGGUGAGGUCACAGGAGGUGAUGAGGUCACAGAGGGGGUUGAUGAUCCUGAGGGUGGUGAGGUCACAGAGGGGGUUGAUGUUCCUGAGCGUGGUGAGGUCACAGGAGGUGAUGAGGUCACAGAGGGGGUUGAUGUUCCUGAGGGUGGUGAGGUCACAGGAGGUGAUGAGGUCACAGAGGGGGUUGAUGUCCCAGAGGGUGGUGAGGUCACAGGAGGUGAUGUCGUGGCGGGGGACCCUCAAACAUUGGAGAGUGCUCGGUUAGACGGGAAGUGUGGCGAGCGCAUUAAGAGAGACGAAGAGCUUCCGACCAAUGAGAUGGACACUCGCAAACCAGGUGAUCAAGCUGGCCAACAGGAAGCCAGCGGCACCGACCCAACGGUCAGCGAUCCGGAGGGCGUUGUUACCGAGAGGAGGAGGGGGGAGGAGGGGCAGACGGAGGGUGGAGUAAUACAGAAGACUGACGAUGGCCACGAUAGUGGUGGUGAUGACCACCACACUACACCCUCCUCCUCUGAGCCAAUGGAUGAACGGCCGGCGUCGGCGGGGAGCAGUGAUGUCACGGGAGGUGGUGAUGCCAUGGAGUGUGGGGAUGACAGGGCAGGUGAUGUUGUCGGGCCGGGGGACCCUCUACUAACGGAGAGUGAGAGGUCAGACCGUAAAGGUGGCGAGCGCAGGACAACAGGUGUAGAGGUUCCGACCAAUGAGAAGGAGUCUCGUGAACCAGGGGAUCAAGCUCGUCAACAGGAAGCCAGCGGCACCAUCCCAAAAGUCAGCGAUCCAGAGAGCAGGUUUAACGAGAGGAAGAGGGGCCGGAGGGAAAGUAUGGAGCUUAUGGAGGUCUGUGAGGAGGGGGAGACGGAGGGCAGAGUAAUAAAGAAGAAACGUAGAAAAGUCUUAGACAUUCCAAACUGUUUCUCCGGAUUGUGUUUGAGCUCUAGGCCGAGAUUGGCAAAGCGUAAACAGAGACUGGGAAGUAAGGCUGACAAGGUCAAAGUUAAAAAAUCUAUUAAAAAGAGACUAAAGAAUCAUGGCUUUAUGUGUUACAAUAAGCAGACCUCGGAUACAGAAUAAAAGCCAGUUGAACUAGGCUUUUAAACAUUCCGGUUUUGCAUUGAACAUGUAUUUGAACGUUGUGCCAGGUUGCAGGAUUCAAAGCUGAAUGUGCCUUGGUUAGUGAAGUUAAGCUGGUUAGUAAAAUGAAAGAGCACCAGCAUGUGUUUUUUUGGUGACACUAUCCCUUUUUAACAUGUUGACCGGCACGAUGAUUACUAUUAAAACCGUGACUAUGUUUAAUCAAUCUUUUUUUUUAAUCAUUCUUGUGUUUUGUUCUGCUUUCAUAGUUUGGGUGUGCUGUUUGUUAGACAUGGCCCAAAAUAAGCAUAGAUAAUAAGCACUUUUGGUGGGCUAAGAUAUUCACAUGAAGGACAAAAUAUAGAAAAUAACGCUUUAUAAUUAUAUGGUCAUUUCGAAACACUUAUUUUGGGGGAUGAUGGAUCGAUGGAUAAUAAAAAAUAACUUUUCAAUCGCACAA